AUGCUAGAGCGACACGCUAACAAUGGAUGUUUAUGCGUGGAUCAAAACAAGGAAAUAAAGUGUGUUUUGUGUGAUACUAAAUGUCAAACAGCUGAAGAAUAUGAUAGUCAUUUGUUUGCUGUUCACUGUGAUCCCAGUACCCACUUUGUUUGCCCUGCAUUUAUACAACAAGGUCAUCUAAAGGAUCAUGAGCGAAUCCAUACAGGUGUCAAACCAUACAAGUGUACAUACUGUAACAAGGCAUUUAUACAACAAGGUGAUCUAAAGAAACAUGAACGAAUCCAUACAGGAGUCAAACCAUACAAGUGUACAUACUGUGAUAAGGCAUUUGCACGACAAGGUCAUCUAAAGGAUCAUGAGCGAAUCCAUACAGGUGUCAAACCAUACAAGUGUACAUACUGUAACAAGGCAUUUACAGGACAAGGUAAUCUAAAGAAACAUGAACGAAUCCAUACAGGAGUCAAACCAUACAAGUGUACAUACUGUAACAAGGCAUUUACUUGGCAGGUUACUCUAAAGCAACAUAUUUUAAGAUAUCAUAAAAAGUGA